CAAAUACACUUUGACUAUGUUCCACCAUGCAAGCCAUAUGGGCAAGGUAUCUAGGGUGCAGCACCGAAAAACUGAGGCAAGGAAUAUUUGAUGCGGUUCAUAUGACAGCUGCAGACAUACCCAGUCGAGCUCCGCGAACUUUGUUCAGCUUCAACACUCGUGAAAACAUACGGCAAUUCCUCACAGGAUGUGACGCUGACAUUGGUGGCACCUCGACGGUGCACUUUGAUCUCGAUGAAUCGCCUAAACACAACGCGACCAUUGGAAAGGCAGCUACGGGCGUGUUUCACGGCGACAUGCGCCUAGCGGUGAAGCCAGGAAUGGAGGGACAAAUAAAGGGAGGAUACGCUGCUAUUCAGAGCAAGCGCCGCCCGACACUCUUUGGCGACAUCCUGGAAGAGAUCGAAUAUCAUUCGUAUCUCGCUCUCCGAGUUCGCGUCGCUGGAGACCCCAGUACGCACAAUUCCUACUUUGUGAACGUACAAACGGAUAGUAUGGUUCAAAACGAUCUCUGGCAACAUCGGCUCUAUUUUAAGCGGAAUGACAACACUUGGGAGGACAUUUUCAUUCCAUUUGAAAACUUUGUUCGCACCAACUACGGCCAGAUUGCGGAAAUAAAGUCGGUCAUGAACCGCAGAAAACUUCGAAGUAUCAACAUCUCACUUUUGGGAGGACACAGCGGGGUCUCCGGAAAAUACGAGCUUGGAAUUGACUCGAUUCGUAUGGUGAAUGAGGAAGAUGUGAAGUAUCCGCUUGUCGCCAACCAAGUCAACGAAAAGACAAAUGACCAGGGAGAUUCGAAUUGGAAGGAUCUUUACUGAUGAGACCGGGAGCAUAUCCAUUGAUCUCACAUUUACUUUUUUAAUCUAAAUUGUAUUCUUAGCGAGCCGUGAAAGAGGAUAACAUAUGGGAGAUAUGACACAGGUAAAUCGUAAUCAUGACAAGAGUCUAAAGAUAAGUAUACACAACCAUUUCGCUUUUAAAGAGGCACAGUCAAACUUGU